AUGCUGCACGCGGCUGUGAAACCUAGUCUUCCAGCGUCAGGCGUCACACAUUCUCUUGUCGGGCAAUUUUCUGCCGGGCUUCCGGCAGGGGUGAGAGAGUUGAUUCUGUUCAAGAAGAAUAAACUUGAGCUUUGGCGUAUUUCAUGUGGCGAGGAGUGGGUGUCCUCCCUUUCUUAUGUCGCCAGCACACAGCUGAACGCACCACCGGUCUCCGUUGCCAUCUGCCGGCCUCCUGGGUUUGCUGUUGACGUUAUCGCCAUGUGCCUUGAUGAUUUUCAUGUUUCAUUUGUUCAGUACGACCCAGUUCGUAUGCGUCUUUCCACGUUGGCACUCGUUCAGUUGGACGACCGGGAGGUAGUGAAUGAUGUGAUGCCAUUGGAACCCAUCAUGCGUGCGGAUCCAACAGGUCGCUUUGUUGCAGUUUUGGCACGCCGUCGUCAUAUGUUCUUGAUUCCCUUGUUGGGUCUUACUCGGUCCGAAAAUGGUGAUUGCGUCACCGGAAUUCAUUUGGAGGCUGAAAAUAACACCAAACUGAAGGAGGCCAUGACACCUGUAGAUGAUUGGGGUGAUGAGGACGACUACAAGGGACUUGCUGAGGAAACGGAUCCAUCCAUUCCGCCCGAGAAGGAGACGACGGUCCAUAUAGAGCCUGAGAAACACGAUUCGAGGGUUGCAGAUGCCUUUGAUGGACUACUGCACAUUGGUCAUCUCUCCAUGUUUUCCGUCUCACUAGCAGUAAAUGGUGUCAUUCGCUAUGUUCGGGACAUGCAAUUUAUUGAGUCUUCAGGAGAACCCAUUGUUGCCUUUUUGUGCGAACGGCACCCUACAUGGGCGGGUCGUGUGAAAUUGGUGGAAUGGCGCACUAAGGCGGUUGAAUCUAAAAUGUUGUCAUCCCAAAUUGUUUGGGUCCAAAUAUCGGCUGCAUCCACGUCCAACCGAAAGUUACUCCUCAUUGGCGAGGUCGACGAUGUGCCAUACAACGUGACACACAUGACUCCCGUCGGGCCAUUUUCACAGAUUCCCUCCGGUGUCAUUUGCUACGGAAUCAACACUGUGAUGCACGUCACAACAAAGAGAGGGUAUGGAGUCUAUUUGAACAAUGGCGGAAUGGAGGAGUGUGCAAACAGCAAGUCAUCCGCCAUGUCGUAUGGAAAGGUGGGUUGGUGCGAUCCGAAGAUGGAAGCCUCGACGGCUCUUUUCAAGGUGAAUCUCUCCUUGGCAAACUGUACUGCUUCCUUCAUGAGCAUUGUAAACGAGAUGCUUCACUUACUUGUCGUAUCGGAGGAAGAUGGAGUGGUGCUAACACUUUCCAUCACGGCACAGAGCUCAUCCGUUCAAGGCAUUCGUAUCGCCAUCCUCGGUACCGGCUGCUACUGUUCAGGCAUUGCCCGUAUUGGAGAUCAAAUUGUGUUUUUGGGUUCCGCCUGCGGCGACUCAUGCAUUGCUAAAGUUGACAUGUUCCACAGCGAUGUUGCCAAACGAUUUCAAAUUAUAGAAAGCAUGGAAGCUAUUGGCUUUAUUUCGGAUGUUGACGUUGUGGACUGUACUUCGAUGGAUGAAACCGACCCGAAUCAACUAAAUGGUGUAAAUAAUUCUUCCUUGUGUGACACACCGUAUGCUGAGUUGCUGGGAAGAACAAUAUUGGAGCCGAUGCCAAGCGUGUCAAUCGCGGAGUGUCGUGCGGUAAUGGAUUUGGCCGUCUGCGCGGGUCGCGGUGGGACCGGUUCUCUUUUUGUGUUGCGACAGUCCGUCCGAAACAAAGUCUUCCGCCGCGAGAACGUGAACGCAAUUUCUGCAUUCUUCUUGGAAACAUCUCAGGUGCAUAAACGCUCGCGUGCGGAGCAUGAGGGGGAGGAAGGAGCGACACAACAUCCACCGCAGCCAUCGCCACCUUACUUACUUCUCACGGGGCUUUCAUUCACACUUCUUUUUGCUGUGCGUGGGGAAUCAUUACUGCACGUGCGUCGCUCCGAGUUCCUCACGGCAUAUCGAACGGUGUUCGCAACAGAGAUCCCAUGGUUGAAUGCCCUGCUGCAAGUGACAGAGAAGGAGGGGCGCCUAAUAUCAUUUGAUGGGAAAACACUACUGCAGAAGUUCAAUUUUAUGUCAGAGCGGGAGGCGGGGAAGAAGCGAUUUGUUAAAGCUGCUUCUAUCGCAGCGGAUUUAAUGCUCUUUUUUCCUCUCUUAGAGGAUGGGACUCUUUUUCGACUUGCGCUGAAGGCAGCAAAAACGGCUCCCACCAAGGAAGUAUUUGCAGAGGGAGUCACUGCCUUUGCCUUGUGGCCAGAGCAGCGGCGUGUGGUAAUUUUUUUUACGGAUGGUACCAUGACUAUCAAGGAGAUGGAAUCUUGCGAAGUGUGUGCAACUUUCCCACAGUUUGCCAAUUUGCCGCAGUACAGCACUCCUGCCACUGACGAAUCGAAUAAAGAGGCACGUGAUGAUGAAGCACUACCUCAGGUGUCUCACGUGGAGAUAGUCACAAUGCGCGACGAUAACACGGUAGAGGCGACAGCACUUGUUGUCAUUCUUACUACAGGGGAAUUGGCCGUCUAUAAGGUUAUCUCGUCCGACGCUUUUGGCCCGCUUCGCCUAAAGAAGUCGAUGCAUCACUUUUUAGAUCAUAAAGCAGAACGUGAGGUGAUUGAGUCUAUUGAAAUGAAGAGAAAACGGUUGCAGCGGGAACGUGGAGUGGUUGAAAAUGACACCCAAUUAAUGCGACAGUACAGUCGCCGCAUUGUUCCUUUUGAUGCCAUUGGUGGAAAUACAGGGGCAUAUGUGUGUGGACAGCACCCCCUAUUUCUUUUCUGGGACCGACGAACGCGGGAACUUGAGGCAUACCGUCAUCAGACAUUAGGGCCUGUACGUGGGUUUGUGCCUUUUCGAAUAAUAAAUUCCGGAUACAUCUACUGCUGUGAGGGGUUUGUCGAUUUUGCCUCUAUGGACACAUAUUGUCGGCCAACAGGUCAAGGAUGGUUAACUCGCCGCAUUCACCUUGGCGUUACUCCCCAUUUUGUGGUGUACCAUCCGCCAGCAAGGAGCUGUUUUGUUGUGACAUCAAAGAAGGAGCCUUUUCGACCUCAAAGAGCUCCGUUUGACGUUCAAUUAAACAUUGUGUACGAUGAAGAGUCGGGCGGUGUCCAGAGCAUUACAACCGAGGCACCUGUAAGUAACAUGCCACCCAUUGCCCCAAAUGCAGGUAUUCGUGUGCCAAUGGCAGAUCGAUUUGAAAUUCGCUUGAUGUCUACCACAGACUGGGCUUGCACGGAUACACUUCUCCUGGAAGAAAAUGAGCGAGUACUAGGGGCACAAAUGAUGGAGAUUCAGUGUGAGAGGGAUGCAGAGGGUCUUCAUACGGCACCUGUCUGUGUUGUGAGUACAGCCUUCCCUCUUGGGGAAGAUAUUACCUGCAGGGGCCGCAUUCUUCUUCUUGCAACAAUUUGCACGAAGAAGAAGCGGAAGAUUGUUCUUUUUCAUUCGGAGCCCUUGAAUGGCCCAGCCACCGCGGUUGUGGGGAUUCGUCACCACAUUGCCGUUGCCGUGGGUGGGACGAUCAAGCUAUUUCGCUUUGAUUGGAGCAACAGGAAACUGGUAGUAGGGGCUUUGCUGUAUGCAGGGACUUAUGUGACGAGAAUGUCUUCUUUCCGCAACUACCUUAUUUACGGAGACUUGUCGCGUUCUUGCGCAAUUGCCCGCUUCAACGAGGAGAAUCACACACUGAGUGUGCUUGGAAAGGAUCGCAACGCCGUGUCGGUGGUUCAUUGUGACAUGAUGUACCACGACCGUGCGUUCGGUUUGUUGUGCUCUGAUGACGAGAGGAAUUUGCUUGUGAUGGGUUACACGCCACGUGUGCAGGAAACUGAGGCAGGGAGUCCGAACAAGGUGCUUGAGUCUGUCUUGUCGCUUGAUGGGGAGUAUCGUCUUUCUGGUGGCUGCUUGGUUAAGUCUCUGCGUUUCCGCUCCCUCGCUGGAAACUCCAGUGUCACGCUUUACGUCACCAACUAUGGCGAGAUUGGGUUCAUUGUACCGAUUGGCGAGCAGGCGAAUCGGACGGCGUCAUGGCUGAUGCGUCGUCUUCAGAUUGACCUGCCGCACAGCGCAGGACUCACCCCUCGAAUGUUUCUUGGUUUGAGUCAAGGCUCGCCGCGGACGGCAAUGCGGGCGAAGGAAAUGCUCGUGUCUGCCUCGCUGCUGAACGAGUUCUUUUUCCUUGACAUUCACUCGCGAAAGACCAUUGCGUCUGCCGCCUACACGCAGUUGGAACGCGUCACCAACGUCGCUUCCCUCGUUUACGAAGAGUGCAAUUUAUUCUAA